CAAAGGAUUGUGGGAUCGGCGCGUAUGUUUCCAUCAUGGCGGCGUCGAUUUCGGGUUAUACUUUUAGUUCUGUGUGUUUUCACAGUGCCAACAGCAAUUCCGACCAUGAGGGCUUCCUGUUGGGAGAAGUUAGACAAGAGGAGACUUUAAGCAUCAGUGACUCACACAUCGGUAGCUCAGAAUUCCUCAAUGUAAUAGAGGUACAUAAUCAUGAACCUUGUGCACAACUGUUUAGCUUUUAUGACUAUGCAGGUAAUGUCAAUGAAGAAAGUCUUGACAGAAUCCUCAAAGACAGAAGAAAAAAUGUUAUCGGCUGGUACCGGUUUCGACGCAACACCCAGCAGCAGAUGUCAUUUAGAGAGCAGGUGAUCCAUAAGCAGCUUACUCAUAUACUUGGCAUCCCAGAUCUCGUCUUCCUCCUCUUCAGCUUCAUCUCCACAGCCAAUAGUUCCACACAUGCUCUGGAGUAUGUGCUCUUCAGGCCUAACAGAAACAGGUAUAAUCAGCGGAUAUCUCUAAGUAUCCCAAACCUGGGCAACACCAGUCAACAGGAAUAUAAAGUCUCUUCUGUACCAAACACUUCCAAAAACUACGCCAGUGUCAUUAAAGACCAUGGGGCAGAGUUCUUUGAUAAAGAUGGGGUGAUGAAAGACAUCCGAGCUAUUUUUCAGGUGUACAGUGCUCUUCAAGAAAGAGUACAGGCUGUAUGUAGUGAAGUCGAUCAAAGCGAACGAGUAAGAGAGAAAAUCCAAGAGGAAGUGAACAAACUCAAAGAGGAAAUCGCUCUCAGGAAACGCAAUAAGGCCGAGGAAGAGAGAAGACUCCAAGAGGCAACCAACACAUCUGUCACACUUCCUGAUGACUCUGCCCUGCCCGACCCCUCGCACUUAUCUCUGACACGAGCAGAGCUGUCCAGUCCCUCAAUUGAGCCCAGUUUAGAAAGACCUGUCAACUCCUCACCUCCACCACUUUACAGCACCACGCUGCCUCCGGACUCACCAAGCGCUAUAUUGCUGCCUCGACCCCAAGCCGUCGGCUCCCCCGGCCACCCUUCCCCCAGUCUGGGCCUGGGUAACGGAGACGGCUCCAGCUCGGAUUCUCUGAACCGUCAGGCCACCGGCCAGGAAGACCAAGAGGAUGACGAGGACAGUAGCGAGUAUGAGAACUUGGUUAGUGAGCAAUUGCAGCCACCCUCCGUAACAGAAGCCGUUACGCUGGGGCGACCUGCCACCCUUUGGCCUGAUGGAGAUGCCCACAGCCCGCCAGGUUCAUAGUACUCAAACUAAUCCUUGGGGAUAGGGAUAAAGACAAAUAUGACAUUACAAGGGGUGGAAAAAGUAAAAAGCGGGUGUUUGUUCAGAAAACAAAUCAGCACUUGCUUUUUGAAGUUGUGAAGCUGUGACAAUGCUGCCCUGAUGUAUACGUUUAUGACAAAUUGAUAGUUCUGUGUAGGGAAGGGGGUGUCGUAUUGAACCCCACACAGAAUUGCAAAAGGGGGAUGAUGGCAUAACAUCCCCAUCUGUGUGGACUCAUGGACGCUUGUUCUCUGUUUCAUGCUCUUCUAUGGUUGUUGUCACUGGGUGGAGAGGUGCAUCACGCUCGCUUACAGCAUCUACUUCCCACUGAUAUUGUUCAGUGGGUACACCAUUUACCUCUUCCACUGUUUUGCCUUCUUUUGAUCUGCAUUUGAAUAGAAAGGGAUGUGUAUUUGCGGCCUUCAAACCUA